GUGUACAGUAUGUACAUUGAGUACUGCUGUUCAGUUGGCUCGUUUGAGGCAAAAUUUAUUUUUAUUUUUGAUACAUUUGUAUUUUUAAAUACAUAAAUCUUUUUAUUUUAUUAGAAUGAAUUUGUCUUUCAUCAGAUUUACCAAAUGUUAUAACUUCUGUUUGUGCUGGUCAAUUAUGAACAAUAGGUAAAAUUGAACUGCUAGCAAAAACUUGGGUGCUGCAAAUAUUUGAGUUGCUCCUCCCCUUUGACUUGCCCCUCCCCUUUGAGUGACUCCUCCCCUUUGUGUGGCCCCUCCCCUAAUCUCACUCUAAACUUUCGCUAUAACUUGAGAGCCCUGCGAAAUUGUUUCGCAUGCUGCAACGGUCGUGAUAUGACGUCAUGCUGUGCAGCGUCUUUUUAAAAACUUAAAUUCAACACGUAACAUAUAAUAAUACAUCUAAAAUGUAAAAACAUACAAUCUACUCCACUUUCCUGCAGCGCUGCAGUUUUCUUUGAAUUCAGACAGAAGGUCAUGCUUUGACGCAUCGAUCUGCCGUUGGUCACAUGGUAUCACGUGAUGCGAAUUCGCAGGCCAGAGUUCACCAAGCUUGAACUUUGGAACGCAGCGAAAUGCGAAAACUUUUCGCACGGGCUUGCGUUUCCGGUCUGACGCAUUCGCAUGCGUAUGAAUGGAAGUCAAUGGAGCGAAAAGAGCAGUGUGACCGCGGCUUAAGACUUUUAAGACAAUAACCAACCAAAUGUGUUUUCUGGAGAAUCUCUAACCUGAUUCCUCCUCUUACAUUUGCUCUGUCAAUGCUGAACUAACAUGAGAAAGAACAACACAAAAGCUCAUGUACAUCUUAAUCAGGUCAUGAACUAACUUCAGAACAGCCGCAGUGUAUGAUGAGAUGCCAUAAGCUCACAGUUCAGUUGGAUGCUCCUGUAGGGUCUCCUUGCUGUCAGGAGCAGUGAGGUUCAUCUGAACUCAGCAGGUCUGUUGGUAGAGGUGGUUGUGUAAAGGUAUAGGCAAGCUAAGAAAAGCAAAAUACUUGUCUUAAAAUGCAUGUCUUGUAUGAGUUGGUGGCUUUGAAGGAUAGGGCAACCACAGACUCUCAACAGGGUUUUCAGCAUUAGUUUUACGAAUCAAAUGAUUCACUGCUAAGAUCUGACUAACAGCAAUGAUUCCUAAAUCAGGCAUCACUACUUUUCUCAGGGUGGACUUCAAGUUUUGCAGGGAAUGGAAUGUUAUAUAUUAACUUUGAGGAGUAUUUUCAUUCAAAAGCCUGAUAAUACUUUUCACUUCUUAUAAACAUGGUUAAGCCCAGCAAGUGCUAAAGACUUGAGUGAUUUUGAACCUAACACACUGACAUCCGAUCAGUACCGUUCUACCAAUCUAACUAAAAAUAUAACAAUGUGCAAAACAACGAAGUGUUAAACCAAGCAACACCAGAUCAUGUGACCGCUACUAUAACGGUGAAGCGGUAUGAAACGGGCAUAAGCAGACAGGAUAUGACAUGCUAUUACUCUUUGUCACAUUUUCAGCUCAUCUGCUAAGAGUAGAGUCUUAAAAAGAUCACACAUUAGAAACACACACAGACAGCUUCCAUCAUUUAAGGGCAAGCCACCCAAAAAUGUAUGAGGAUACUUAUGCCAAUAUAAACGCUGAUAGGACAUUGGAUAAUGACAGACACAACAAGAGAGACCAAACACCUCAACACACAGGAAGUGACUGCUCCAAAGCAGCUGUAGUGUGUUUGGGUCUGCUGUGUGUUCUUCUGCUGACUGCAGUCAUAGUGCUGUGUGUCCACAUCUAUACAAAGAGCACAGACUACACAGAAGAGAGAGAUGAGCUACUAACCAAGAUCACCAACCUUACAGAAGCGAGAAACCAGAUAUUAACCAAGUACAUAAACGUGACAAAUGAAAGGGACGGAUUAUUAAUCAAGAAUGACAACCUGACUAAACAAAAAGAUCAGUUCAGUCAACUGCAGAAGGUUCUCAAUGAAACAGAUGGAUGGUUAUACUCUAACUUCAGCUUUUACUUCAUUUCCUCACUGAAGAAGAGCUGGACUGAGAGCAGAAGAUACUGUACAGAGAGAGGAGCAGAUCUGAUCUUCAUAAACAACAGAGAGGAAGAAAUCUGAUGGAUGGCCAGGUGCAUGUGCA